GGAGAAAGAAGAGGAGGAGGAGAAAGAGGAGGAGGUGAACUUACCCUGCUUAGCUUUCUUUGGGGAAUACGUGCAUCAAGAUUCAGCUCUGCAUGUAAAAUCCACAGAGUGUCUGCCACUACAGGAGUUUUCAUUCAGACUUUCCGAAGAGAGGUGGAGAAACGUGAAGACUCGGGAGAAGAGAUCCUUUGAGCCAGAUCGAGCGUUAGUUCUUCUGCUUUUCUCGGCAUGGAUAGACCAUUUUCUCAAGUCCUCUAGGUACGGGAGUCUACUACUUGUGAAAUAUUUUUGCAAGGUCACCAUUUAUUGAUUCUACACUAUAUCAACGCCUUCAGGAGGAUGACUACACAACCAUUUUUGGCACAAUGAAGAUGAUUUUUUGAUGUGCUUUGAGGUCCAUAUAACUACAAGGGCUUUUUUUUAAAUCACCAUAAGUGCCACCCCGACCCCAAAUCACUUAGAGCUCAAAAAUCUAGGCAAAAUGGAUGCCACAGCUAUAGAUGAGUUCCAACAAAUUCUGCCUAUUGAACAGCUGCGCUCUACUCAUGCUAGCAAUGAUUAUGUGGAACGGCCUCCAGCACCCUGUAAACAGGCUCUUUCCAGCCCUUCCCUUAUUGUGCAAACCCACAAGUCUGAUUGGUCCCUGGCUACCACGCCUACUGCUCUCCCACGCAGUAUCAGCCAGUGCCAUCAGCUGCAGCCCCUGCCUCAGCAUCUGAGCCAGUCUAGCAUUGCCAGCUCAAUGUCCCAAAGCACCACUGCCUCUGAUCAAAGGCUCUUGACCAGCGUUACACCCUCUCCUUCAGGCCAGUCCAUCAUCAGAACCCAGCCUGGAGCAAGAGCCCAUCCAAAGGUCGAUGGUGCUCUGAAGGGAGAAGCUGAGCUAUCUGUAGGGCAUCCCAGUGAUCACCUCUUUAUCUGCGAGGAGUGUGGGCGCUGCAAGUGUGUCCCAUGCACAGCGGUUCGCCCUCUUCCCUCCUGCUGGAUGUGCAACCAGCGUUGCCUUUGCUCUGCUGAGAGCCUCCUUGAUUACGGCACUUGCCUCUGCUGUGUCAAGGGCCUCUUCUACCACUGCUCCACUGAUGAUGAAGACAACUGCGCUGAUGAGCCCUGCUCCUGUGGGCCUAGCUCUUGCUUCAUUCGCUGGGCAGCCAUGAGUCUAAUCUCCCUCUUCUUACCCUGCCUGUGCUGCUACCUGCCUACCCGUGGAUGCCUCCAUCUGUGCCAGCAGGGCUAUGAUAGCCUCCGGCGACCCGGCUGCCGCUGUAAGAGGCACACCAACACUGUGUGCAGAAAAAUCUCUUCUGGUAGCGCACCUUUCCCUAAGGCCCAGGAAAAGUCUGUAUGACCUUGCUACAAGAUGGAUCCAGAGUGUUCUCCUUCUGGCCCUCUUCAGUAAAGCAUAAGCCUCAUGUUUUGGGGAGGGUGUGAGAUAAUAAACUAGCCAAAGUUAGGGCCUUGCCUCUUUUGUUCCUGCAGUAUCAGGAGAAUGCAAAGUAUAUCCCAGUGCAGGAUGCCUUGCUCUUUCACAGAAUCUAUCCUACUCUUCUUCAACCUUUUACACCCGACCUGCUCAGCUUUUAUGGCAGUCAUGGCAAAUUCAGGUGAUAUAUGGGCAUGUGGUUUGGACACCGAGGACUGACAGAGCCAGCAAUGUGGAGGUUUAGGGGCUCCCCAAGGUAUUGCCUCUUGAUGCAGACUCUGAUUGUCAUUAUGCUUUCCACGAUGCCUUUGAAGACUUUCUUCUAAGAUGGUCAUCACAGGUGCAUGUGGAACAGCGUUCAACCUUCCAGGGAAUCUGACUCCCCCUCCCUUCCUCCCUCC